AUGCGUUUAUCUAAAUUUCAACAGUUCAAUCCCGUCAACGCCAUAAAAGAAAAUGACACCUACUAUAGACAGAACCCAACAAUGGCAGAUAAGAUUCAUUGUGCUGUAUUUGUAAUGAGGGUAGAUAAACUGGAUAAUCUUCUACCAGCGUACGAAAAGAAAUUAAGACAAUUGCUGACUGAUACAUUGAAUAAAGAUGUUCCAAGGAUUCUGUUGCUGACAAGGUGUGAUAUUGUAUGUGAAGAUGUUGCUAAAAAUGUGGGUAAUUUAUAUAAAAGCGUCAAAGUCAAGAAGAAAGUCGAACAAGCUAGUGCAUUAUUUGGCAUUCCGAUCAGUAACAUACACCCGAUCGUCAACUACGGAGAAGGACAAAUAGAGAAGGAAUACACUGAAUGUGAUAGGCAGAUGUUUAGACGAGAGAAAGACAAACAUAGGUUUGAGACUCAAGAAGCAGAGAAGAUACGAUCAUUUGAACUUAUGCAAGCUGACAAGAAAAUGUUAAACAAACAUGAACGCUUGAAAGAAGACAGAGUCUUAAAAAAGAAGGAGUUGGGACUCUUGAAAAUAAAGUCUGAAUCCGAGAUUUAG